CCAGAGAGGGAGGGGAAACAGAGCGAUAUACGACUACAACACGAGUUGGUAGAACAUGACUACUGUCAUUAUCCCUGUUACUCCUGCAAUACUACAUGUUAUCAUCCUACCCACCAAGCAGUGUAGCCCGGUCCUGUCGUUGCUGAUUGACUGCCUGCAGAGACAAAUAAAGACGUCGAGAGACUCCAGAGCUGGUUCCGCUGCGCCGCGAGAGAACAAACAAGAGACAAACAGUCAGCGGCUACUGUAGAAGGACAAACAGGCAGCAACUACUGUAGAAGGACAAACAGGCAGCAUCUACUGUAGAAGGACAAACAGGCAGCAGCUACUGUAGAAGGACAAACAGGCAGCAGCUACUGUAGAAGGACAAACAGGCAGCAGCUACUACAGAAGGAGACGGCAUCGCACAUUAUUUGAGAUCUUUUUCAGACAUGGUGGAUACCCAGCUCCUCGCAUGGCCAAUGGGCAUCAGUCUGACCCCUGUACACCUGGAGGAGCUUGAUGACAGUUCUCACUCUCUGGAUAUGAAACCAUUCACCACCCUGGACUACACUAGCCUGGACUACGAACACGGACCCACCAUCUCCAGCUACAGACCCACCCAGGUCCACCACUACCAAGCAAGCCACAGUCCCAGACCCACACAGGCCCACCACUACCAAGACAGCCACAGCCCCAGACCCACCCAGGCCAACCAUUACCAAGCAAGCCACAGUCCCAGACCCACACAGGCCCACCACUACCAAGACAGCCCCAGCCCCAGACCCACCCAGGCCAACCACUACCAAGCCAGCAACAGUCCCAGACCCACCCAGGCCCACCACUACCAAGCCAGCUACAGCCCCAGUCACCUCAGCCCUAGACCUGGCCAGGGUUACCAGCCCUGCCCCAGCCCUGGCUCCAGCCCUGCCCUGGGACACCACCUUGCAUACAUGGACCACAUGUACAACCACAGCCAGGUUCAGGAGGGACACGGUUGUAUAAAACUGGAGCCAGAGUCUCCUCCCCAGCACUCAGACAGCAGUCCUCUCUACUCCAAGCUACAGGACGACACCACCGCUUCCUUGCUCAACAUAGAGUGUCGAGUCUGUGGAGACAAAGCUUCUGGCUUCCACUACGGAGUCCAUGCCUGUGAAGGCUGCAAGGGGUUCUUCCGUCGGACCAUCCGGUUGAAGCUGGUUUAUGACCACUGUGACCUGCACUGUCGCAUCCACAAGAAGAGCCGCAACAAGUGUCAGUACUGUCGCUUUCAAAAGUGCCUGGUGGUGGGCAUGUCUCACAAUGCUAUUCGUUUUGGACGGAUGCCCCAGGCUGAGAAGGAGAAGCUCCUAGCUGAGUUCUCUACUGACAUGGACAUCAUGCACCCUGAGGCUGCCGACCUGAGGAGCCUGGCCAAGCUGCUGCUGGAGUCCUAUCUCAAAUACUUCCCCCUCACUAAGGCUAAGGCCAGGGCCAUCCUGUCUGGAAAGACUGGGGAUAACGCGCCGUUUGUAAUCCAUGACAUGAAGUCUCUUCAGGAAGGAGAGAGGUUUAUCAACUGCAGGCAGAUGCCCAUCCAUGUUGUCCAGGAGACCAGGACUGAGGCGGGGACUGAGGCUGGGACUGGAGCUGGCUGUAGUCUAGGUGGAUGUCUGGCAGUGAGUGAAGGUCUGGCUGUAGGUGGAGGUGUUGGUCUGGUCCAAGAGCCCACUGACGAGGUGCAGCUCAGGUUCUUCUACAGCUGUCAGUCGCGCUCCGCUGAGGCCGUCCGGGAGGUCACAGAGUUCGCUAAGAGCAUCCCUGGCUUCGUGGGAUUGGACCUGAACGAUCAGGUGACUCUGCUGAAGUACGGCGUCAUCGAGGUGCUCAUCAUCAUGUGGGCUCCACUCAUGAACAAAGAUGGUACACUGAUCUCCUAUGGACAGAUCUUCAUGACGAGAGAGUUCCUAAAGAGCCUGAGGAAACCCUUCUGUGAUAUGAUGGAACCCAAGUUUGAGUUCUCUGUUAAGUUCAACACCCUGGAGCUGUAUGACAGUGAUAUGGCACUCUUCCUCGCCGUCAUCAUCCUCAGUGGAGAUCGUCCAGGCCUGCUGAAUGUGAAGCCCAUUGAGGAGCUACAGGAAACAGUCCUCCACUCUCUGGAGCUCCAACUGAAACUCAACCACCCAGACUCCCUGCAGCUCUUCGCCAAGGUUCUGCAGAAGAUGACAGACCUGAGGCAGAUAGUAACAGACCAUGUGCACCUAAUCCAGCUACUGAAGAAGACUGAAGUGGACAUGUGUCUCCACCCACUGCUGCAGGAGAUCAUGAGAGACCUCUACUAGUAGGCUCAAUAUGAAAUGGCACCCUAUUCCCUAUAUAGUGCACUACUUUUGCGCACUAUAUGAAAUAGUUUUUCAUCCAAGGUAACGGAAAGACACCGGUUGAAAACCGCAUAUGGAUGUGUUAGUCCUAUUGAUGCCACUGAUGAGGCAUAUUGGGGUGGCAGGUAGCCUAGUGGUUAGAGCAUUGGGCCAGAAAGGUUGGUGGAUCGAAUCCCCAAGCUGCCAAGGUAAAAAUCUGUUGUUCUGCCCCUGAACAAGGCAGUUAACUUUCAUUGUAAAUAAAAAUGUGCUCUUAAAAUGACUUGCUUAGUUAAAUAAAAGUAAAAUAAUAAAUAUUGGAAUACUUUAUUAGGGACUAGUAGUUACCUGGCAGAAUGAGAUGUUAACCUGUCUGACGUUAUAGAUUCAAAAUGGUCCUAUUAGCGCUGUUGGAAAGGAAAAGGGAAAAAAACACUGUGAUUAUUAUGAGCCAUAUACUGUAGUUAUCUGCAUCACCACCACCAAUUAAUAUAUUUUAUGCUGUAUGUAGGUGAUAGAUUCUGUUCUUCACAAAUGAAUAUACGUUAUGUAUUUAGAGUUUAUAAACAAACACUUACAUCUAUAAUAUCAAGAUGCAACUGUCUUAAAGAUUUAUCCCCAUAGGACCAGAUAGGCUACACUAGGUAACAGGUCCACCUGUCAGAUCUGAUCUCGGUUGACUCACCUGCAACAUAGAGAGUGGUUUCUAUAGGGCUUCUCUUGUGCUUCUAUGGGGUUUCUAUGGCGCUUCUACAGGGUUUCUAUGGUGCUUCUACAGGGUUUCUAUAGUGUUUCUAUGGGGUUUCUUGUGCUUUUGUAGGGUUUCUAUAGGUUUUCUAGUGCUUCUAUAGGGUUUCUAUGGUGCUUCUAUAGGUUUUCUAUGGUGCUACUAUAGUGCUUCUAUAGGGUUUCUAGUGCUACUAGUGCUACCAUGCUUCUACACCUGCAUUGCUUGCUGUUUGGGGUUUUAGGCUGGGUUUCUGUACAGCACUUUGAGAUAUCAGCUGAUGUAUGAAUGGCUAUAUAAAUACAUUUCAUUUGAUACUAUAGUGCUUCUAUCGGGUUGCUAUGGUGCUUUUAUAGGGUUUCUAGUGCUACUAUAGUGCUUUUAUAGGGUUGCUAUGGUGCUUCUAUAGGGUUUCUAGUGCUUCUAUAUGGUUUCCAUGGUGCUUCUAUGGGGUUUCUAUGGUGCUUCUAUAGGGUUUCCAUGGUGCUUCUAUAGGGUUUAUAUAGGGUUGCUAUGGUGCUUCUAUAGGGUUUCUAGUGCUUCUAUAUGGUUUCCAUGGUGCUUCUAUAGGGUUUCUAUAGGGUUUCAAUGGUGCUUCUAUAGGGUUUCUAGAGUUUCUAGUUCUACUAUAGUGCUUCUAUAGGGUUUCUAUGUUGCUUCUAUAGGGUUUCUAGUGCUACUAUAUUGCUUCUAUAGCAUUUAUAUAGGGGUUUCUAGUGCUACUAUAGUGCUUCUAUGGGGUUUCUAGUGCUACUAUAGUGCUUCUAUAGGGAUUCUAGUGCUUCUAUGGAGUUUCUAUAGUGCUUCUAUAACGUUUCUAGUGCUACAAUAGUGCUCCUAUAGUGCUUCUAGAGGGUUUCUAUAGUGCUUCUAGAGGGUUUCUAUAGUGCUUCUAGAGGGUUUCUAUAGUGCUUCUAGAGGGUUUUUAUUGUGCUUCUAUAGGGGUUCUAUUGUGUGUCUAUAGGGUUACUAUAGUGUGCGAGCUCAUUAUGUAAGAAAUAUACUAUAUUAUGCUUCAUAUUAAAUUUUGAAGAAUUUGCCAGCUGUAAUUUGUAUGUUGGAUACAAUGAAUGUGUGAAAUAAAAGCCAUAUAAAUAAAUACAUAUUUUUGUACAUGCGUAGAUGGAUAAAGUAGAGUAUAACACCUUAGUUUAAAAUGCUGAACUUGUUGUAUUUCAAAUACAGUAUUUUUCAGAUUUUUAUGUUGAUGUUAUUUGUAUUAUUUUUUGUUGUUGUUGAAACAGAUAUUUUUAUUUUCCAAGUGCAAAUGGGCUGGUUUUUGCAUUUAAAAAAAAUGGUUUGUAGACUCUUAACUUGUCAAAAUAUGUAAAUAAAUAUUUUCUAUUUG